AUGAGCACGGAUUUAUCGAGGAAGAAAAAGUUAAGAGGGGCUCAUCGAGCGUCCGCCACACGACUUCAAAAGACGGUGAGUGAAGUACUUGUUUCUUUUGACCCAAAUAAUCUGGAAGAAAUUGUGCCCAAACUGAAUCAACUUAAAACUAGCAUGAAAGAAAAACUUGAAACUUUAAAGGUCCUUGUUGAGGAAAUUCUUGAACUAGUUGAUGAAGCUAAUAUUGAAGAAGAGAUAGAACAGUGCGAUAUUUGUAGAGAAGGCUUGCAGUUGGCUUUAGAAAAUGUAGAAAGAGCACUUAAUACCUCCAGCAUGUCUAGUUCAGCUAUGUUAUCGAAUGUGACUGAAAAUACAACAAUAACACCCCACCAGUACCCAGUCAAGCCCCCACAUCACCUCAAGGCUCUAGUACUAGCACUGCAAGCACGUCGUUACUACAGAAUCAAUAUUCAA